AUGUCUUCUCCAACUUCGCUGUCAUGUUUGCCAGCCACCAAUUUCUGGACCGAGACAGAAGACCAAAUCCUACGAAGCUCUGUAUUAGAUCAAGCGGAUGAAGAGACAAUCGAUUGGCAUCGAGUCGCUGCGCAAUUGCCAGGUCGAACAAAUAAGGACAGCCGGAAGCGAUGGGUCUAUUCGCUAUUUCCAACAUUGAACAAGGGCACCUGGACGGAGAGGGAGAAUGACUUACUUCAGGAGGGGGAUGAUAUGCUUCGCAAGGCAGUGUAUACCCAUGGCCGUCGAUGGAUUGAAAUUGUCGAAAGAUACUUCCCACAUCGCACACCAAACACAACCCGCAGCCGGUUAGUCUAG